CGUAUUCCUCCGCAGGCAUUGGUUGUUUCCUUGAGGGUGUCAUUUUUAGGUCGUGAAGAUCACUGCCUGUGUUUAUACUCUCUUACACAGGUUUAGUCCUCGUAGACCUGGUCUAGAAAUUUACACCUCAGCUUAGGCUUUGGGUCGGAAGAUCUGGCUUAGUAUGGUUGUAGUUGUAGGAGAUCUGUGUAAGUUUGACAUAUUUACGCGCGCGCAUCGUUCCUGAUGUAUAGGUGAGCGGUCGGGCCUGUCCAUGGUGCUGAAACUGACCUGUACACAUCACGGAUGAGCUUCACUUUGAGGAACUGUACGAGAACAUUUUCAACAAAGCUGAAUUGAAGUGAACGACACAAGGAUCUGAUAAAAAAGAAAAGAAAAUCAGUGAUAAAUACUGAGCAGACUUUUUGGUAUCUCUGUUGGGACAGGAUCAAAAGGAUUUUUGCGUUUUUGAGAGAGAUUUUUUUGACAAUAACGAGCAAUGAUUUGAUCUGAAUGUGGAUUUUUUUACGCCUCUGUAUUACCAAAAUCACAGCAGUUCAGAAAGAACAAAUGCACAUUUGAUACCAAUUUGAUUCCGUAUCGUAAUUGCGAUGGAGGUAUCAACAAACGGGUCAAGCUUUGGUAUCGAGUCUAUACUUUCUCACAGACCAAGCAGUCCGUGCAGGUCUCCGGCGCAGUUGAGCACGCGAUCGGACAUGGACAGCGACUGCUCGUCACCUCCGUCACCUAGACGGAGCUCGGUGGACGAUUCGGUGCAGAGACAUGCUCGCACUCUCGGACUGGACUCUCCUUUACAAAUAUCCCAGCAGCCGCGAACGGUAACGUCUUCGUUUUUCAUCAGAGAUAUUCUGGCGGACUGCAAACCUCUGGCAACAUGUGCUCCUUAUUCCAGUAAUGGACAGCCAGCCCAAGAUGCUGAGGACUGUAUGGAUAAACUUCACAGCAACUCGUCUUCGGAGAGUGAAUUUAGGGUGAAAGAUGAAGCUGAACGAGAAAUCUCCAGUAGUAGGGACAGCUCGAGCUCGCGACUGAAGAAGCCACGUAAAGCCCGCACUGCGUUCACUGAUCACCAGCUGGGGCAGCUUGAGCGGAGCUUCGAGCGUCAGAAAUACCUGAGUGUACAGGACAGAAUGGAGCUGGCAGCAUCUCUCAACCUCACAGACACACAGGUCAAAACCUGGUACCAAAACCGCAGGACGAAGUGGAAGCGGCAGACAGCAGUUGGACUUGAGCUUCUCGCUGAAGCGGGAAAUUACUCAGCACUUCAGAGAAUGUUCCCAUCACCAUAUUUUUACCCACAAAGUUUAGUCUCAAACCUCGACCCGGGACCAGGGUUGUAUUUAUACAGAGGACCAUCAGUGCCUCCGCCACCCGUUCAACGGCCUCUUGUACCGAGGAUCCUCCUGCACGGUCUUCAGGGCGCGGGAGAUCCAGUAUCUCUAUCUGGAGUGAUACCUCGACACACGCCGCGAUGAACGCAUCCAACCUGUCACAGCUCCAAACUCAGGAACAACGGGGUUGCGCUUGGACAAACCCAUGUAACAAAAACUAAACGCGCAAUAAUAGACUUUCCAAAUGACUCUCUGACCAAAUGGUGAAUUCUAACUAUUUAUUAAACGUUAAAAUGCUAAAGAGACAUUACCAGAAAAGCAUUUGACGAGGUUCUGAAAAGACCUUACCAUGAACCUUAUGAAACUGUGACAGUUCUCGGAUCAGACAUUUGCUUUUCCCUAAGAAACGACGUCGUUUAUUUACACACAAAACCAUGACGCAAGCAAACCAAAAUAAACAUUCAAAUAGCAUUAGUAGACACAGUAAUUUCAUCACAAUGAUAUGCAAUUAUGAACAAUUAUUAUUUGGGAUUUUUUUAUUUUACCUUAGAAUAAACAUUCGUUUCACGAACAGGAGCAACAACAAUAAAACCACUAGUAAUAAUGUGUUGCAUAUGUAAUUUGUCACAAAUAAUUAUAAUUGUCUUAUUGCUUAACAUUGUCAUCACUAUUGGAAUAUUAUACUAAAAUGUGAGAGUUUUCUUAAUGCACAGAUGAGCGCAAACAUCAUUUCAGCCCUGCAGCCUUUUCAGAUAUUUAACACGUCUUUGUGGAAAUUGUUGUGUUGUACAGUACAGUUAAACAGACGCCAAAAAUACUUUUUUUAAAUAAAAACUGUGAAUUUGUCAUA